AUGAUGCCUCACCCGGAGCGCUGCUGCGAUGCACUUCUCGGCGGCGAGGACGGCAAGUUUAUCUUCCAGUCGAUGAUUGACGCGCUUUCCGCACGAAUUCUAAGUGGAGUUUCAGCCUAG